GAAGCCACACUAUAUAAUCUAUUAAAAAAUGAUAAACAAUGGAUGAAAAGAAAUUCAUGCCAGUAUGAAGCUAAUGUUGUGUUUCCCUCUUCCAGGUACUGGCCAAGAAGAGGUGAGAAAUAAAAGAGAACAGUCUAGAACUUAAGGCCUAAUGUAAAUUCUUACACCAGAAUGGAAGGGGAAUCUUAUCACAAUGCAACCACUGUCAAUGGCACCCCAGUCAAUCAUCAGCCCUUGGAACACCAUGGAUUGUGGGAAGUCAUCACCAUAGCAGCUGUAACAGCUGUGGUAAGCCUGAUCACCAUUGUGGGCAAUGUUUUAGUCAUGAUCUCCUUCAAAGUCAACAGUCAGCUCAAGACAGUUAACAACUAUUACUUGCUCAGCUUAGCUUGUGCAGAUCUCAUCAUAGGGAUCUUCUCCAUGAACCUCUAUACGACUUACAUCCUCAUGGGACGCUGGGCCCUGGGGAGUCUGGCUUGUGAUCUAUGGCUUGCACUGGACUAUGUGGCCAGCAAUGCUUCUGUCAUGAACCUUCUGGUGAUCAGCUUUGACCGUUACUUUUCCAUCACAAGACCCCUGACAUAUCGGGCCAAGCGUACUCCAAAGAGAGCUGGCAUUAUGAUUGGUUUGGCCUGGCUGAUCUCCUUCAUCCUCUGGGCCCCAGCAAUCCUCUGCUGGCAGUACUUGGUUGGGGAGCGGACAGUACCACCAGAUGAGUGCCAGAUCCAAUUCCUUUCUGAGCCCACCAUCACUUUUGGUACUGCCAUUGCUGCCUUCUACAUCCCUGUUUCUGUCAUGACCAUCCUCUACUGCAGAAUCUACCGGGAAACAGAGAAGCGGACCAAGGACCUGGCUGACCUCCAGGGCUCUGACUCCAUGGCCGAAGAUGAGAAGAGAAAGCCCUCUCACAGGGAUCUGUUCAGGUCCUGCUUCAACUGCCCUCGGCCCACCCUGGCCCAAAAGGAAAGGAACCAGGCCUCCUGGUCAUCUUCCCGAAGAAGCACUUCCACCACUGGAAAGCCAACCCAACCCACUGGCCUAAGCACUGACUGGGCCAAAGCUGAGCAGCUUACUACCUGUAGCAGCUACCCCUCCUCAGAGGAUGAGGACAAGCCCACCACUGACCCUGUCUUCCAAGUGGUUUACAAGAGUCAGGCCAAGGAAAGCCCAAAGGAAGAAUUCAGUGCUAAAGAGACCAGGGAAGCUUUUGGGAAAGCUCAAACUGAAAAAAAUGACUAUGACACCCAUAAAUACUUCCUGUCUCCAGCUGCUGCUCAUACACCCAAGAGUCAGAAAUGUGUGGCCUAUAAAUUCAGAUUGGUGGUAAAAGCUGAUGGGACCCAGGAGACCAACAAUAGCUGUAGAAAGGUGAAAAUCAUGCCCUGCUCCUUUCCAGUAUCCAAGGACUCUUCACCGAAAAGCCUUGACCCCAACCUCAGCCAUCAAAUGACUAAACGAAAGAGAAUGGUCCUUGUCAAAGAGAGGAAAGCAGCUCAGACCUUGAGUGCUAUUCUUCUAGCUUUCAUCAUCACAUGGACCCCUUAUAAUAUCAUGGUCCUGGUCUCUACCUUCUGUGACAAGUGUGUCCCAGUCACCCUGUGGCACUUGGGCUACUGGUUGUGCUAUGUCAACAGCACUGUCAACCCCAUCUGCUAUGCCCUCUGCAACAGAACCUUCAGGAAGACCUUUAAGAUGCUGCUUCUCUGCCGAUGGAAAAAGAAAAAAGUGGAAGAGAAGUUGUAUUGGCAAGGGAAUAGCAAGCUACCAUGAAACGUUAACUCCUCUCAAAAGAAUGACCACAGUCAAUUUCCUCUGAGGAUGAGUGAGCUGAUCCUGGCUUGUUUAUUUUUUCAAAAAGACACCUGUCAUUUCAUGUACCUGAUGACUUUUUUAAAGA